UGGCAGCGCGCGCUCUGCCUGUACGCACGCGAACCUGCUGCUAACCAUUAGUAGCCCUCUUGUCAGCGAUGUACACAAGUUACUGAAAUUUUACGGAUUACCGUCACUGGCCGACUGCGGACUGCUCACAGCCGACCAACCGAGCAGCUAGUGGAUGAGAAAAUGAGUGAACCGACGUUAAGCAUAGUCUGAACUGGAACACGUCCGCCGGCUGUUCGCCCGCUGCCUCGCUGUCACACACGGACACCGAUGCUCGACGGCUCCGGUGGUGGUGGGGGAUUUUCCAGCCGUUAUCACCGCGACCAGCCGGGAAGAUGUUUGGCUUGGAGAAAACGGAGCCCCGAUUUUUUUCUUAAAUUGUGUUUUUCCAAUAAGUGUAGAUAAUUUUUAUAUGAGAGUGUGAUGUAAAUUUGGCUUAGGUAAUCCGGACAUUUGUAAAUAGGCAAUAAAAAUCCCGUUUACAGUCAGUAUAUUUAAGCUACCCUUUUUUUAAUUAAAUCAACCCAGGACUGAUGAGGUAUGACGUUACAUUCAGAUUCACUUGAAGAUCUUCAGAGAAAAAAAAUCUUCAGCUUUCACAGGAGGUGUGAAAACCUCUGGAUUAGUGUGCUGCUCAACAAACAUGUCAAUUCCUUUGGGUUCUGCUACACAAGUGGAUUUUGACAAACAUGUAGAAAAAUUAGGAUAAGGACACUAGAGACAAAAGCUAUUCUUUAGUGCCCGUGCUGUCAUCCUUAUGAAUUACUGAGUAGAAUAUUAGAAUAAGACACAAAUGAGGAAAAAGUAGAUAAGAGGGAGAGAAAGCCUGCAAUCUCAACCAACUGUAACCUGAAUCACAAAUAAAGAACUUUUCAGAACAAAAGUGGUGACUGGCUGACCACAGAAACAGAGAGAGACGGGGACUGACGGAGGAGCAAGGUUUUGGAGGAGGAGGCGAAGGAGGAGGUCUCGAAGGUUUAGGAAAGAUCUUUCUCCAUGGCUACAGACCCAGGAGAGCCCACAGGCACUGAGCACUCAUCUGAGAAAGCUGAUGGAAAGAAGGAAGAGGAGGACAAGCAGCGGGAGGUCAGGAGAGACCAACAGAGGGAGAGGACACCUAACACCUUUUUGGGCCUCCCCUCCUCCCAGGCUCAAAUGGACUUAGAGAAAGGAGGAGAUGACAGAGGAGGAGGAAAUCGAGAAGCUGCCUUACAGAAGCUUGGAGAGACUCCGGUCCUAAUCCCUAUGCCUUCAGUUCCUGUCGAUACUGGUCAAAAACAACAGAGACGGGAAAAGCGUUUCUUCAGAAAGAGUGUGGAGAUCUGUGAUGUGGAUGAUGACAUAGGCAUGCCUCCUGACACCCCUCACAGUGCCCCCCACCUGGAGUUGCACUCAACAGAUUCAGUCUUUGACAGUGCACAGCAGCAAGGGGCUGCUUCUUCCUGUGUAGCCUUGGGGCAUGACCCCUCUCAGGGCCAUGAACCUGGAAAAGAUGUUCCUCCAUCUGCACCCACCCCAAGUGUGAGAGAGAGGGACCGUGAACAGGAGGAGGAAGCAGAGAUGAAGGCAGUAGCCACUUCCCCUGGUGGAAGGUUUCUUAAGUUUGACAUUGAACUUGGCAGAGGAGCCUUCAAGACUGUGUACAAAGGCCUUGACACGGAGACCUGGGUGGAAGUGGCUUGGUGUGAACUACAGGACCGUAAGCUGACCAAGGCGGAGCAACAGCGCUUCAAGGAGGAGGCAGAGAUGUUGAAAGGUCUUCAACACCCCAACAUAGUGCGCUUUUAUGAUUCCUGGGAAUCUGUGCUGCGUGGAAAGAAGUGCAUUGUACUGGUCACUGAGCUAAUGACAUCAGGAACACUUAAAACCUACCUUAAGCGCUUCAAAGUGAUGAAACCCAAAGUCCUGAGAAGUUGGUGCAGGCAAAUUCUGAAGGGCCUUCACUUCCUCCACACCAGGACUCCACCGAUUGUGCACCGGGACCUCAAGUGUGACAACAUUUUCAUAACAGGCCCCACAGGGUCAGUUAAGAUAGGUGACCUGGGACUGGCCACUCUUAUGAGGACCUCCUUUGCAAAAAGUGUCAUAGGAACCCCAGAAUUCAUGGCUCCAGAGAUGUAUGAGGAACACUAUGAUGAAUCAGUGGAUGUCUAUGCCUUUGGGAUGUGUAUGCUGGAGAUGGCUACUUCAGAAUACCCCUAUUCUGAAUGCCAAAAUGCUGCUCAGAUCUAUCGCAAAGUCACAAGUGGUAUAAAACCAGCCAGCUUUGAUAAAGUCAAUGACCCAGAAAUCAAGGAAAUCAUUGAAGGCUGCAUUCGUCAGAACAAAAGCCAGAGACUCUCCAUCAGAGACCUCCUGAAUCAUGCAUUCUUUGCAGAGGAUACAGGAGUAAGAGUGGAACUGGCAGAAGAGGACAACGGCGCCCAGGAUUGCCUGGCUCUCCGAAUUUGGGUGGAAGACCCAAAGAAGUUGAAGGGGAAACACAAGGACAAUGAGGCCAUUGAGUUCACCUAUGACCUGGAGAAUGACAUUGCUGAGGAAGUAGCUUUGGAAAUGGUGAAGUCAGGCUUCUUUCAUGAGAGCGAUGCAAAGGUGGUGGGAAAAUCCAUCCGGGAUCGAGUGAAUCUGAUCAAAAAGUCAAGAGAGCGUCGACAGCAGCAGCAGCUUACUCAAGGCUUUGAUGACAGAAGGGAUUCUACUGUCACCUCUUAUGUUUUUUCUUACCCUUCAUGCCCAUCCUCACUAAUGGUUGGGGCAGCUGGACAAACAGGAGGUGGUGAAAGUGGAGCUGGAGGAGUGGUUCAGGAGUCUGAGGAGCUGCCUGAAGUUGACCAGCAUGUCAUGCAGCAACAUGUCCUUAGCUUGCCAGAAAUUGAAAGUGUUGGGUCUGCCAGCUGUGAGUCAUAUGCAAGCGGACAGAGCAUGGCACUUUCUCUGCAGGGGGAAACUUAUUCCCACUCCCAGAUAACUCCUCAACCAUUGCUAUCUGUCACUGGUGCAUCGGCUGAAACUCAAAUACUCUGCACUGACGAGACUGGAAGUGUUCCAAAUCUGCCUCUUGUUCAGAGUGUUAGUAUGUCUAAUGUGUGCAUUCCCAAGACUGAAGGGGGAUCUGUUGGUCAAGCAUUUCUUCAACCCAGUCCUGUUGUUCCACAGAUAUCCCCGAGUGUACCGCAACAAUAUCUUCAGUCACAAACAUUUCCAUCAGAUGCAUUCCAGCCACUCACUGCUCAUGGAUCCGUGGCUCCCUCACAGUCGAACAUACCUCCCAUUUCUCCCCAAGCUCCCAUUGAUGUUUUCCCCACAACUAUGUCUAUCAGUGACCCUGCUGAAAUUACAGGGACAGCUAUGCUCCACACUCAGCUACCUGCUUCUCCCAUGCAGCAGGCUGACAUUAUUCCCCACUCCACUCCCCAGCAAACACAGUGUUUUGUUAUUCCACAACAGUGCAUUAUUACACAACAGCCAGACAUGGUUUCCCAGACCUUCACCCAUCAGCAGCAACCACAACCACCCACAUCAGUUGAACAUCAACAAAUUAAUGCCACUCAGCUGCAUCCAGAAAAGCAACAUCAUAGCCUUCCAGCUACAGCUAUCCAAAAGCAUCACCGUGAGCCAGAGCAGGAGAUUUUUGUACAGCAACCUGUUCAAAGUGUCCAGUCAACUCCUCAACAGCAAAUGAGGCCCACACAAACAAGCAUGGAGCCUCAAGCUUUGUCAGUGCCUCAGCCAGGGGAACAAGCUCAGGCUUAUAAACUGCAACCAACAGGAGAAACGUGUGAGCAGACCGUCAGACAAUCACAACUACAGCAGCAGCUUCAGCAACAGCAAUCUCUUUUACAACAGCAGCAACAGCUACUUCAGCAGCAACACCUGUUGCUCCUUGAACGACACCCAUUGUAUGUCCAGAAGCUUGAUCAACAGCAACAAAUGACGCUGCUUCAACAACAGGAGCACCAGACGCAGCUGCAACAACAGAAAGUACUGCAACACAAACAAAUCACGGAUCAACAGCAAGCUUCUCUAUAUCAGAAAUAUGAGCAGCAACAGCAAAGUCUUCUGCUUCAAGGACAACCUACACAAACACAAGUGCAACAACAACCACAGAUACCUUCACAACAGCAGAUACAACAGUUAUAUCAGCAAACAGGGCAGCAGCAGGAAGGAAUAACUCAAACAGAAGCAGAAACACAAGAACAAAGUGGACAACAACAGCAAAAUACUACACUGCAGCCACAACCUCAGCAAACACAGCAGAAAUGUGAACAAGUUCAACAGCAAACCAUAUUCCAACAGAUAGAACAGCAGCAAGCAUUAAUCCAGCACCACUUGCAAAAGCAGUUAAUUUUAAAGCAGUCCCAGUUACAACAGGCAGCUCAGCUGCAACAGCAAGAACUGCAACAAGUACAACUUGAACAAAACCUGGAGCAACUUCAGCAGAAAGCUCUGUUGCAAAAGCAGUUUGAAAAACAACUUCAAAAUCUCCCCUCAGACCAACAAAGUGCUGAAUUUUUACAGCAUCUGGCUCAUAUGAAGCUUCAAAAUCAAGAGAAAUGGCAGCAGCAACAAACUGCCAUCAUUCAGCAUCUGCAUCAAGCUGACAAAAAAGAAACUAUUCCUACACCUCAAAGCAGCAGUGAGCUGCAGAUUCCGCCACAAUCGGCUAACAUGCAACAGAUAUGUAACCCCCAACUUACCACUCUUCAGUCUGCACAGCAGUCAGCUAAGCAAGACACUAUGGAGCAACAGCAGCAGCUAGCACUUAUUCAGCAGCAAGCUUUUGUUGCUCAGCCACAACACCACACCUCCACGGAAACCCAUCGAACAGUUGGAGUUCCUGUGACCAUUGAAGGACUACAAGACCAAACUGAUGUAAUUUCUCAAGUACAAGUCCCAGUGACCAUACAGACUACCCCCAUUCCUGUCCAGACAGCUCCUGUUUUCUUAGGACAGCAGGGACAAAGUCCAUUUCACCCCCAGAACCAGAUUCCAGCCCAAUUUUUAGUCCAGUCUGUGCCCCAAGCCUCUCAAACUACAACUGUGGUCAGUGUAUCUGCCCCAACAGCCGUGAUCCAAGGACAAACGCAAGUCUUGCAGGCACAGCAAAUUCCCUUACAGUCUAGUUAUCCUGGACCUGUAACUCCUACUCAGGCUCAGGUAACUGCUCAGUCAUUUAUCCAGACUCAACCUCAACAUACAACUAAUCUACAGCUCCAGCCUGCACAUGGCAAAGUUCCAGACAUCAAUAUUCAGAUGAUGGGCCAACAAAACCAAACCGCUGCCCAACCUUCAGCUGCAGUUGCUUCUCUUCCAACUCCAGUACAGCAUGAGACUUACGUUCAGCAAGGUGCUCUAAUGAAGAGCCCCAUCCAGCCCAAACUCCAACAAGAAACUCAAGGCCAACCGCCUUGUCAGCUGCUUUCUCACCCUGGCCUAAUGAUUCCACAGUUUGUCUCACAACCUCCCCACCAAGACAUACCAUCUGCGCAGCACAACAUGACUCAUGCUUCACAUCAGGUGCAUCAGCAACCAGUAAUGCAGUAUCAGCAGAUGAUUCUGUCUCCAGGCUCGGCUGAGAGUGCUGUAACAACAACUGAGAGUCUCGCUCAUCCAGCUGACCCUGUUAGCGUUCAUGUUGCUCGUCUUUCAGUGCAAACUGGACAAGGAAUAGUUCCAGGACAAGCAGCACUAUAUCCAGUUGCUGCAGUCCACCAAAUGUUAAUUGGAAGCUCUGCAGAGUCUUCCAUCAUUCAGCCCACCUCUAAGCCAUUUAUGCCUCAGCCUGCUGAGCAGCCUCAGCAACAAAACCAAAAUCUUUCUCCAGUCCAUCAACCCCCAGGAAAUUCUACCGCACCGCUUCAGUUACCAGUACAGCCCCUCCAAACUCCCAACCAGCAGCCAUCUUUUCUACAACAAACCUUGACAACACUUGACAAAAGUCAGCUUCCUUCUCAGUGCCCUUCACACGUGUUGAUACAGUCCUCUGCACAGUCAAAACCCAGUAAUGUUUCCGUGCCUCACUCACCCACUAAGACUCUCCCUCUGUAUAGUCACUUAGUGACAGGGACCCCUUCAUCUCCACAGCAUCAUGCCAAGCAGCUUCUCCCAGCCCACACACAUACACAAACCUGCAUUCAUGCCCAGACACACUCUCAAACACAGACACUGGUUCAAACACAGACUCAUUCUCACACUCAGACAGACCACAAGACAUCAGAUUCUGAAGAAUCUCUUUUGCUUAACGCUAUGUCUGAUGCGCAACAACUGCCCCUGAGCCCUUCAUGUCCUUCCACAACACUACCAUCUGCACUACCCCAACAACCUGUCCCUGCUGCAGAGCUUUCUACAUCUUCGCAACCAGCCCAAGUAUCUUUACCAGGGCAGGCCAGCUUUGUACCUACCUCUCCUCAGCCUGCCUCUGCACAACGAUUGCUUGACUCUAAUGCUCCCAAACCCUCCCAAGCCUCGCUGCAAGAGUGUGACAUUUCCCUGCUGGGCACCGCUCAGGAUGGGCCACACCUGGCAAGCGCAGAAUGUCAUUCUUCAACAGGGUCUGUUUCAGUAAAUGGAGAAGACAUUCAGCACAAUUUGGGAAAUGGAAAAUCUGAGAAGUCAAAAUCUCAGAAAAAGGCUUCCUCUCAGAAAGCUGACAAAGGUUCACAUCAGUUUCAACUGAGCAUGCUCCAGGUGUCUGGGAAGGGAGACAAUUUGGUAGAGUGUCAGUUAGAGACUCAUAGUAACAAAAUGGUGACAUUCAAAUUUGAUAUUGAAGGAGAUGCUCCUGAAGAUAUUGCAGAUUACAUGGUAGAGGAAGACUUUGUCCUAGAUUUAGAGAAAGAUAAAUUUGUGGAGGAGCUUAAAUCAAUUGUGAAAAAAGCCCAAGAAAUUCUUCAGACACAUACACAGACUGGAUCAACUGACCAGUUACAAGUGAGCAGUCCCUCCACCUCUGUAGUGGAGUCAGUGCCCCAGUCAUCACCAGUGGGACGCUGGCGCUUCUUUAUCAACCAGACCAUUCGUCACAGAGACUCCCUGUCUAGCCAGGGUGCAGUCACACCACCACCAACUGUUGAGACAAAAAUCCCACAGUCUCCUCAAAAGGGUGAAGCCUCUGCUGUUCCUGUCCCUGCCUCGGCCUCUGUUGCUGACACUAUGGCCUUUGAAACCAUCUCUGGACAAGCUUCUGCUCCGGUCAUUGACCCUUCAGUUGACCAGAUUCCCAGUUCUCUUUCAACUACAGCAAACCCAACCCCUGCUAAUGUCCCCACCUUGAACGCCACUCCUGCUCUCAUGUCUCCCCCAACCAGCACCAUAGUUUCCAGUAACCUUACCCCUGCAGUCACCAGUGUUUGCUCCACUCUAGGUCAGAGUAUAGAAGAUGCAUCAAGGCUGUCAGCAGUUGAAAAGUCUUCAACCUCUUUUCAUUCCACUCCUGUGGCUGCAGUAAGUCAACUUCCCAUUGAGGAACAGCAGACAUUUUCCCAAAUGGCCACCACAGUGCCACUGCAAUCACAGCUGCAAGUACAGCCUUCGUCACAGCAACAAGCAGCAACACAACCACAGCUGUUAGCACUGCAGUUAACACCAAAACAACAGCUAUCGCAGUGCCAUGAAAACCCAGAUCAAAGUUUGCUGCAGCAAGAGCAGCCACUCCUGCAGGAACCACAACUACUGCAAAGGCAUACAGCUGUUCAACAACUUCCUGAGACAUUGGUGUUGCCUCAGUCAAUUCAAAGAGAGUUGCUUCAACCGUCUGCACAGUCGCUGCAGAUUCUGCAACCAUUGCCCCUACAACAAAACCAGCCACCACAACAGCAACCGUUGCAAUAUGCUGGACAAAUGAUUCAGGACUCUCUGAUUCAGCAGCUACCACAGCAAGUUCUGACACCUCAGUCUCUUAUAGUCUCCCAGCAGCAGGAGCCACAGCAUCAACAGGUAGUCUUGCAACAUAUGAUGCAGCAAAAGCAAAUGUUGCAGCCUCAGCUGCAGCAACAACAGCAGCAACUCUUUGUAGGUGUAGCAGCUCAAGGUCAAAUGUUGCCCACAUCCAUAAGUCAACAGUUUCUCCAACAGCAGGCGCAGCUAAAUGUUACCCCUUUACCACAACAUCAUAUUUCACAACCGAGCCAAGCGCCUGCAGAGCCUGUGCAGCCACAAGCACUUCUUCAACACUCUGAGCAGCAAUAUGAUAGGACUAAAACCACAGAUUCAUCUCAGAAGCAGCUGCAGUUUGCAAGUCAGAAGCAGUCCUCUUUACAGAUGUCUGAAUCAGAGGUCUCUACAGGAGAGACGAGCAUCACAGAGGACACAGGCAGCUUUUCUGGCCCGCUUCACCCUUCGUCUGAUUCCUCUCUGCCUCCGCUCCAUCUCGCCUCGGCUGAACCCCACCUGCCCAGCCUUUCCCUAACAAUGACACCAUCCCCUGGUCAGCCAUCCUCCGUGGCUGAGUCAGACAGUGAAGGUCCCCCAAAAAUUGAAUUUGUUGACAACCGUAUUAAGACUUUGGAUGAAAAGCUGAGGAACUUAUUGUAUCAGGAGUACAGCAGCGGGGGAACGCUACCUGGAGCUGCCUCUGUUUCUACAUCAGCUGCCUCUAUGUCAGCGGGAGGCGAUGAAUCGUCUGAGCCCCAGGCACUCCAGCGUUUGUCUUUUCACCCACCGGCCACUUCCUCAGACACUUCCUCCCAUUCUCCAUCCUCAACUACCUCCUCCACCACUCCCCGUUCCUCUUCUACCUCUCCUGAUCCAGAGAGAGGUAGAGGGGAAUAUGAAGCUUUAUCAGAAGUUGGAAACCUUGUUCUGUCUGAACCCGUAGAGCAGCAACCCAUCCCCUCUGUCCCGUCUGCUUCUGCCUCAUCCACCAAGCCCAUUUCUUUCUGUGCUCCCAGUAAGGAUGGUAUUGCUGGAUCCCAGCACUUACUUGUAUCAGGAGAACCAACUGUCCCUGCUGUACACCCACACUCUGACACCAGUGCCGUCGGAGAUUCAUCAUGGCCUUUCAGCCAGCAACCCAUCUCCCUCCAGCAUGGACAGCAGCAGCACAAUGCAGGAGGUGGAUAUUUUGGCCUAAACCUGACAUGUCCUAAUAUCAGAAAUCCGGUUAGCAAGAAAUCCUGGACUCGAAAAAUCAAAAACUGGGCAUGCAAACUGCGCCACUCCUCCAGCUUGUUCAAGAAGCCCAGAGUCCCACAAGAGGAAUAUUUGUACAGUGAGGCACUUGACGAUGACAAGAAGGAGACACCAUUAAGCUCACCUCAGCUGUGCAAAGGUCGAUUUCAGGUGAAUCCAGUCCCCCAGAUCUCCUCUCAAAAGGAUCUGCCUUCAGGUCAGAGUAGCACUCAUAGGAAAGUGGGACGUUUCUCUGUAACGCGGACCGUGACGAAGAAAGAAGCCAGACAAACUGAUAGCUCACCAGUGUCUCCUGAUUUGGGACGCGAUAGGAGGAAAACUCAGGCUAAAGAAUGGGACAAAGAAGACUGCAAGAUGGCCCCAUCGAAGGGCCACCCUUCUCGUGGUUUUGGGCACAGCCACUCUCCACUUGGCAGCAGUGAUGAUGAUGAUGAUGAGAGUGAGCUGGAAGAUGAAGGGCUUAGAAGAGAACUUCAGAAGCUCAGAGAAAAGCACAUCAGAGAGGUUGUUUCCCUUCAAGCCCAGCAGAACAGAGAACUCCAAGAGCUCUACAAACAGCUUCGUUCUCUCAAAGACCAAAGACAAAGUUUACCUGCCUCUCUGUGCCGAACUCUUCCUCUUCCUGCUGCGCUGCCUGUCGUUUCUCCACGCAGGUCCCGAAUGGGCAAAGCUAAGCUUCGCUCCCGGCCCCACUCUCACAUGGACAACAAUGGAGUUCCACACUCUGGGAUUCAGCAGUCAAGUAGUUUUUUGGGUGGCGAACAGGGUAGACUCCGCUCUGCAGUGCCUGAUAGAAAAGAUCUCAGUCCAUCAAGGAAAAGCACAUUCACUGAUGAAUUGCACAAACUUGUUGACAAUUGGACAAAGGAGGCAGUAGGUCCCGCUCCAAUCAAGCCAUCUCUGAAUCAAAUCAAACAGAUUCAGCAGGUACAGGGAGGCUGGAGCCAGUCUGCAGAGGUGGGCCGACCAGGUUGGUUUCCAGCAGCCCAACUGAACCCCCAGGCACCUUUGGCCUCCUCUCCUUAUGCAGGUGGAGGAACCCUCAACACCCUGGCCUCUCCGGCUCCUCCACCCCCACAAUCACACAUGGGUCAAGUACCGCAGAUGCAUCAGAGUUUACACGUCCAUCAGCCUCCCCCCCUUCAGCAGAUGACCUAUCAGCAGUCUCCUAUGUGCCAACAAAUGCCACAACCUCGGAUGCAAACCUCCAUACAGUCACAGGUGCAACCCACCAUCCUGCUGCCCCAACCAACACCUCAAAGCCAACCGCUGCUGCCUUCCCAAACCCAAAUCCCAGUGUCCACGGCCACGUCGCUGCUGCAUGGAGGUGGACCCAGCGUACCCACUGACAGCACCGCAGUUAUUGGGGGUGUAUUUUGUUCCUGUUCCUCCCCCUCGUCUACCUGCUCUUCAUCUUGCUCAACUGCUGCUCUACCUUCCAGUGCCAAAACUCACCCAACAACCCCAACCUCUGCUCUUCCUUUGGGACAAAAAUAAAACCAAAAGAUUUGAGAAAUAAAUGUGAAGCUCCAAGAGAUGGAGAUACCCCAGUGAUUUGAAACAUAAAGCUAAUUCAUUUUGGAGUGAUGAUUAAGUGUUAUAUGUGUGGGUAACCUGUGAGUGAAGUGAAUAUAUGUAUGCCUGCAUGGUUCUUAGCCUCCUCUCCUUAUGAGGAAAGGAGGCUCCUGUGGAAGAAAAAAAUAACAGAUUAAUAUCAAAUUCAGCUGCUGGAGUUACGGAUGAUUGGAUGUUGAUGUGUAAACGUCUUUAAUGUAUGGGUGGGUGCAUUUAUGAGUGUGGCUGCAGUAUUUGUUGAAUAUUUGAGAACAUAUCACAUGAUGAUGUCCUUGGUUGGAAAACAAAAUCUUUUUCCCUGCAAACCAACUCCGCUGGACCUGGAGCCUCUGAAAGCAGCGACAGCGAGGACAAAUAAUUUUACUGUGGCAUUAUUUUUGGCUCAGUUAGCCAACGCUUACAGUGAAAGAACUAUCACGUUUAAAAGUGCAAUUAAUAAUGGUCAUCUGAGUUGAUCAGCAUGUAUUGUAUUAAUCGAUUUGUCUGAAAAAGCAUACAACUUUUUUGUAGAUACAGUGAUUAUUGCCAGAUCAAUAGAUACAUUUUCAAAUGUUUUUUUUUAAACUAGGUUUGCAGCACAAUAUAUAAUGAAGAUAAAUUAAACAGAAAAUUACAUAAUUAAGCUUGGCCGACCUGUGCGCCCACUCUCAUCUCACCUCAGUCACCAUGAUGCAAUCUAACACAUGUGGUGUUGUGUUUCCUACAGCAUGUCAUUUUUUGUCUUUGUAACGAUGCAAGUUUAAAAUUAUACAUUGAUUCAUUGGAAUCGUGUUUUAGUGAACACCUGGAAACUUUCCACUCGACUCUGCAAGACCUCAUGAUUUGUGGAAGCUGCUUCCACCUGCAGUACACACACACACAAUCUCUGUAUAGUUUGGAGCCUAAAAUGGUAAACAUAGCGUCGUAGAUACAAUCUGAUUUCUCCAUAUCAAGUUAAGCGGGGGUCGUGCUAAAGGCAAAGAGGAAAAACGAAAAGGUCAAGGUCAUACAAACUAGGGAAACCAUGCUGAAUUAGUCAUUUCAAUGUUACUUUUGAUAACUGUGUUGUCAUGGGCGCAUGACUGUCUGUUCAAAAGAGAGCAAAUGGUGAGAGUCGCAUUGUGUUCUGUAAAAUGAAUUGCAUCUCUUUUUCUUUCAUUGAAAGAAGCUUCUCAGAUGUCGCUGUGCUCACUCACUGUGUGGAAAUGUUUACUCUGCCUGUGUUCUAGGCUUGCCUCCUCAGACGACAGAAAGUAAUAAAAAGCUAUUAGGUCUUAAUGGUUGUAAGUUUGAUGUUAAAUAUGGUUGAGAAUACUUCACACAUUGAGUUAUUGCAAUGCCACAUAAAAGUGCUAAUGCCCUUUGACGAUUUUACACACAAACAACCACAAACUUCACUGCAUUUUAUUUAGAUUUUUUAUUGUUUAGAAAGGAGUGAAUAAUUGUGAAGUGGAAGGAAGUUUGUUUUUCAAACAUUCUUUCUACAAAAUAGUGAAGCAUUCACAUGAAUUAAUCCACCUAAGGUAAUACUUUGUAGGAACAAGUUGUCCAGCAAGGCUUUGCAUAUCUAGAGACUAAACUUUUUGCCUAUUUUAUUCUCAAAAUAGCUGAAGCUCAGUCUGGUGUGAUGGAAGGUUUUUGUUGACAUCGGUUUGCAGGUAUUGCCAGAUGCUCAGUUGUAUUUAGGUUUAGGCCAUUCGAACACAAACAUCGUCUGACCUAAACUGUUUUAGCUCUGGUUGCAUGUUUCGGAUUGUUGUGAAGGUGAACAUGCAUGUGAUUCUCAAGAAUGGCGGCUUCCAUAAUUAACGCCUUUUAAUUUUCUCAUCACCUCUGACCAGCUUUCCUUUCAAUGCUGAUGAAAAGCUUCCCUACAGCUUGUUGCUACCAUUUUCAUAUUGGGCAUUCCGUGAUCAGAGUGUUAUAAAUUUAUCACACAUUUGAAAUACAAGUUCAGUUUUACUUUCGUACUUUCUUUCAACAAUUUACCAAUCUUGCCUCUUUCCCUUAAUAUAUACAUUAGUGAAGUGCAUGACUAAUGGUGAACUGUUUGGGAUGUUUUAUAACCUAACCCUGUUUUUUUAAACGACUCCACCAUUUCAUCUUCGUCCUGUCUGCUGUUAUUCUUGGUCUGCAUGAAGCUGUUUGUUCACUAAUGUCCUCAAACACACCUCUGAGACUUUCAGAGAAUAAGUGGAUUUAUACUGAGAUUAAGUUACACACAGGUGGAUUUUAAUUAGGUCACACCUGACAGUAAGUCAGAUGUGAUGUAAUAAGUUGCACUGAAAUUUAUUUAAGGGGGUAUAGAGUAAAAUGGACUCUAUGCAAAUUCAUGCCACACUUCAGGUUUUUUAUUUUAAAAAUAUUCUAGAAACAUUAUUUUCCUUCCACUUCACAACUACCCACUGCUUGCUCUAUCACAGAAAGUACAUGUAUACUUCACUGAAUUUUGUGGUUGUAAUGUGAGAAAAUGUGAGAGAGUAUGAAUAGUUUUUGAAGGCACUGUAUUUUGUUUACCUUUGAUCAUUUUAGCCGUGAACUAUUUGGUUUUUGGUCCUAAUCUUCGAGUUGAUCAGAAGUGAAAAUGUGGAGCUUAAACAAAUUAAAUCUGCCGGGCCCUAUUUUUUUAAACCCAUUUCAAGUGUACAACAACUGCAAUCGGCAUUUGAUGCAUUGCCAGUUUGUUGAUCUAAUAAUUCAUUUAUACAUAGGAAUGUUUUAAAAUUGAUGGCUAUGUGUUUAUUAGCUCACUCUGUAGUCAAAGCAGAGUUCAGUUUUAAUGGUUAAAGAGAGAUUGUAAGGUUUGGAAGACAUGAGAUUGCGCAAAGUCAAUCAGAUAUAAAUAACAAAUGGUUUACGGAGGAGUCGUUCAUACUAAAGGGUGUGGUUGAGAAACUACAUGCUGUAGAGUAUAAAUUCAAAGGUUUCUUGUAUUUUUAGCUUUUUGAGAAUUCCUACAUUUUUACUAAGAUGUAGUGCACUGCUAGUGAAGGUGAGAUACUGUGCUGUGAUGUCUGAUACUAACAUGUGUCUAACAACAUUUUUUGGGUCAUGACAAUGAAGCCUACUUUGUCUUUAUGAGUGUAACCAAAUUGUUAUCUAAAAGAUGCUGAUUAUUUUUGUAUUUUGGAACAGGAUUGUACAAACUGUAAAAAAUGUAUGCUCAUCAUUAUAAACUCAAAGUUAAUAAAAAUUAGAAAGCGACCCUGUUUUCAUAGGGCCUUCAUAACUUGGUAUAUAACACCUUGUCAGGCAUGAUGGGGGGUUUUCUUAUAUUUGUAGAGGAAAUUGGCAAUUUCUGACAUUUUGCUUCACUGUUGAAAGCUUUGAAUUGUGCUAAAAUAAUUGACACCAGCUUUCCUAUUGUUCCAGGUAGAUUAAAAUACACUAAGUAAUGCAACAACAAUCUUCGGAGUCCCAAAACAACAUGGCUAAGAAUGACUGAUAAAAGUAUAUUGGUGGGAAAAAAAAAGUUUAGAGAAAAACCAGAAAGUAUGUUGCUGAUGAUUAAGCCUCUGUAAAUUGUAACUAAUUUGAUUGUUGAUUUUAUUUAUGUUUUGUAACUAAUCAAAAUAAAUAUUACAAAACCUUUU